AUACCAAAAUUUCAAACAAAUUGGGACGGAGGAGUAUAAGGCAGUUAAGAGUGAACAACUUAGCCAAACACCAUCGGUAACCAUUUGACCUGACCAUACUCCCAAUCAUUAGUUGAGUGUAGCGUUUGAGUUGACUCACAACAAAAUGGCGGGGAUUGGGACACUCCAAAUUCUAUUCCUCAACCCUCCAACCAACGCAAAUUCACUGUCCCGCUGCGGGCGUACGAACCACUUCCCAUUUUGCUCUUCGAAAAUUAGCAACAGGUGGCGUCUUGUUUCGAAACUCAGUUUAUCUGUUAGAGCCACUUCACAACAACAUUCUAACAAGGGAAAUGGUAGUGGAGACCAUCUUCCACGGGCUACUGCAAAGACCUCUAAUUGGGUAAAACCAAUUUCGAGUUUUGUAUCCAACAAUUUUCUGCCUUUAGCUUUAAUUGGUGGAGUAGCAUUAGGGUUUGCUAAUCCUGCACUUGGUUGUCUUGCUGAUAGAUAUUACCUGUCCAAAAUUAGUACCUUUGGCAUAUUUAUAGUCUCAGGGCUCACAUUGCGUAGUGAUGAAGUAGGUGCUGCUGCUGAAGCUUGGCCUGUUGGGCUUUUUGGUCUUGUUUCUAUUUUGUUCUUCACUCCUCUUUUUUCCAAGAUUAUUUUGCUGCUAAAGCUUCAACCUCAAGAAUUUGUGACAGGGUUGGCCAUAUUUAGCUGUAUGCCCACAACACUAUCUAGUGCAGUGGCACUAACUCGGAUAGCUGGAGGAAACUCGGCUCUUGCUCUGGCGACGACUUUAAUAUCAAACCUUCUAGGAAUUGUGAUUGUACCUUUUACGAUCUCCAAGCUCAUAGCUGCCGGGGUUGGUGUGUCUGUCCCAGCUGAGCAGUUGUUCAGAAGCCUUGUUCUCACACUUCUAGUUCCUCUUAUCAUAGGGAAGGUUUUACGAGAAUGUUUCAAGGGCGUGGCUGAGUUUUCUGAUGGAAAUCGUAAGCUUUUAUCAAUGAUGAGUGCUCUCCUCCUAAGUUUAGCCCCUUUUAUACAAGUGAGCAGAUCGAGGUCGCUGCUUUUAUUGGUUAAGCCAGCAGUAUUUCUUCUGGCUGUUGUGUUAGGAGUGCUUCUGCAUCUCAUCCUCUUGGCUUUUAAUGCUCUGGCAAUACCAUUACUCUCCGCUAUUUCAGGGGGUAGUGAAUCAUCUUUUUCAAAGAAGCAAAAUACUAGUGCUCUUUUACUUGUUGCGAGCCAGAAAACUCUGCCUGUAAUGGUAGCAGUAGUGGAACAGCUUGGUGGUGCUCUUGGUGAAUCUGGUUUACUGGUUCUUCCAUGCAUAGCGGCACAUUUGAACCAGAUUAUAUUGGACUCUUUUUUGGUGAGCGUUUGGUUUCAAAAAGAGCAUGAUUUGAAGACUGCUUAAAAUCAUCUGGAGUUCCUAGAUGGUUUGUGCUGCACAUUGAAAUAUUUUGCUGGUUUCAGGAAGGAAUAGUUCACAUUGUCAGUCGAUGAUUAUUCAAGCUGAAAGUAAAGUUUUAUCUUUUUUCACCACAUAAUGGAACAGUAGGGGUGGACAUGGAUCGGGUUGGUUCGGAAAUUUUAAACACCAAACCAAAUCAAUUGCAUCGGGUUUUUAAAUUUAUAUACCAAACUAAACCAAUAAAAUUUGGGUUUUUCAA